GGGAAUAGAACAUGAUUGGGACCAUUAUAUUCUUCGGUCUCUACCCACUAACUCGGUUUAUAAACCGCGUCUCAGGUAAAUUACAAACGAAUAGACCGUGAAAAAGAGUUACUCUCCCGUAUUAAUUAAUGGCGGAGGACUUUGGGAUGGUGAAGUUGGUGUCCCGACCAGAAGGUUUACAAAGACUCAGACUUCCCUGUUGGACAUGUGGAUCAGCGGAACCGUCAAGGCCAAGAAAGAGACGAGGGAAAUGCUGAACGAGGGAGAACCAGGGACGGAGGAAAAGAACGGAAUAAAGGAGAUAAAGAACGGAAUAAAGGAGGAAAAGAACGGAAUAAAGGAGGAAAAGGCGAGGCCUGCAAUGGAGGAAGAAGAAAACCCUGUUAAACCAGAAAUGGAGGACAGGUUGACGGAGAAGAGUGAGGUACAAGUUGCGAAGCAGGAAGACGCAGACGUGAUUACAGAACUACAGGAGGGGCGGGUUGGAGAAGAGAUUGAAGACACGAUCGUGAAAGUCAUCUCUGAAAUGUUAACGAUGGACACCGCGGAGGAGACGGAGCUCGUCUCUAUGGAGGAGUGUAAUAACAGUGGACAAGCGCAGGAAUCAUUGGUCAAGACCCCUGAACUCCCAAACGGUGAUCAAAACCAGUCCGUUAUCGACAACACGACAGAGGAAAGUGGGGCGAGCCUUUUGGACCUGCAAGUUGACAUGUUACUGACAGUAAACAAGGCUCAAGUUCAAGAAGGGGAAGGUUUCGCCCAGAUCAAAGUGUUCACAAUGGAAGAACAUUGGGAUGAAUACAUUGACACCGACGCACUGUAUUCUGGGACUUGCGGUCCUGGGACAGACCUGCGGCCCCGGGACAGGCCUAGCCAGCCUCACCAGGCCGGUUGGCACUUCCCUAUCGGGCCGGGGCUGGGAGAGGUGGUCUACUGCCCUGCCUGGCAGUUCCCUGCCAUGAGCUACUACCCCACUGUGCAGGAAACCAUGCCCUUCGAAGUGAUGUGGAGGGUGUGGGAGCAGGUGCAGGCCCCUCCAGCCUCAGACUCGAGGCCUGUGUUCGACUUCACCGUCAUGUCCUACAACAUCCUGGCUCAGGACCUGCUGGAAACCAACCAGCAUCUGUACUCACACUGCCCCCUAGAGGCGCUGCAGUGGGACUACCGCUUCCACAACCUGCUGCAGGAGCUCCAGAAGUGGGAGCCGGAUAUCCUGUGUUUACAGGAGGUGCAGGAGAGCCACUAUGAGCAGCAUCUGGAGCCGGCCCUGACUGACAUGGGCUACACCUGCGUGUUCAAACGACGGACAGGCGCCAAGACGGACGGCUGCGCGGUCUGUUACCGUAGCGAUCGCUUCUCCCAGCAGUCCGUGAGUCUGCUGGAGCUCCUCAGGCCGCAGUGCCCCCUGCUGGACAGAGACAACGUGGCUGUUGUGUUGCUGCUCCAGCCGGUCAUCACCCAGGGGUCAGAGGUCACCGCCAAGGGCCCGCCCCUCUGCGUGGCCAACACCCAUCUUCUGUUCAACCCCAGCAGGGGUGACGUGAAGCUGGCUCAGCUUGCUCUGCUCAUGGCGGAGAUCGACCGUGUGGUGGAGGGCUGCAAGGCCUUGGGGAACCCCUGUCAUGUGAUCCUGUGCGGAGACUUCAACAGCUUGCCUAACAUGCCCCUGUACCAGCUGAUCACCAGAGGGCAGCUGCACUACCACGGUCUGCCCGCCUGGAUGGUGUCUGGCCAGGAGGACAUGUCCUUCAAAGCCCCACAGCGCAGGCUGUACGCCCCGCUGUGGCCCAGCUCUCUGGGCGUCACGGACCACUGCCGGUAUGCCAGCGGGCCGGCGAGUCCGGAGCGGCCCUGCCAGGAAGCAGGGGGCGUCCGGUACAGCCACGACUUUCUGCUCGAGCUGCGCUUCUGUGAGGCUGCGUUUGUCCGGCCACAGAACCUGGAGUUGAUCCCUGGGGUGACCGACUCCACACCAGGUACCUCACUUAGCAACCCACCUGGUAACCUACCUGGUAACUCACCUGGCAACACAACAGGUAACACACAUGAUCCCGAAGCGACGCAGCAACAGUCCUUGUCCCCCAGUUUCAGAAACACCAUCGACCACAGCUUGACCCUGCGGUCGGUCUACAGACACGUCCUUCCUGGCUCUGACCGCCCUGAGGUGACCACCCUGCACUGUGAGGUUGGCGCCACGGUCGACUACAUCUUCUACAUGGCAGGACCUGACCACAGAGGUUGCCACCAAGGUGGGGGUCAGCCAGCAGGAAGCCUGAAGCUGGUCAGGAGACUCUCGCUCCUGUCUGAAGAGGACCUGUGGUCGAUGAAUGGUCUACCAAACCAGAUCUUCCCGUCCGACCACCUUAGUCUCCUGGCGAGGUUCCACCUGGAGGUUCCACCUGAGGUUCCACCUGGAGGUUCUACCUGGACCUCAGCUCCGUGUGACAGAUAAGGGGCGGAGUCAGAUUUUACCUGACAGUUGAUGCUGCUGUUGAUUCAAAAUAUUUGUACUUUAUUUUGAUGGAAGUAAAUGGUUUGUUUACGUACACAUAAUUUUAUGGUUAUAAGAAAACGAGUACAACUCUGUUCUAGUGCAAUGUUUACUUUUUGAAGUGAGAGUUAUUUAUCCUUUUUUUAGGCCUUGGCCUAGUGUUAUGGUACAAAUAUUGAAUAAAUAUUUUCCAUAU